AUGGAACCCCUAGUCUACAUGUACUCUACUGGUGCUGCAGAGUGGGGUGCGAAGAAAGCGAGGGAGUGUUUCUCACGUACACAGAACAAGUCACGCAGAGGUUCCAAACAGUGGUCUGGGAAAACCGGUAGACUUUGCCGCUCGCGUUCCAGAGGAACUCUCCACGUUUCUCUCUCCUUACUCAAGUUGAAUAACAAAAUAAAGCUCUUUCCGAAACCUUUCAAAGAUGACUAUUCACUUGUAUCAAUCAUGGUUCCCUCUUUCCAAUAG